AAGCGCCAUCCGGUACGACACAAACACAAUCCAAAGUGUCACUCAAAAUCCUAAUCCUUCACCACACAAUCCAAGGGUCAUUUUUCAUUUUGCCAUGUUCCCCACACUCGCGUCUCUUCUCGCCUCGGCGGUGCUUGUCACGGCGGCCGUCGACCAAGUGCACCUUGGGCUCACCAACGCCAACGUCGACUGCCCCAACGGCGUCUCUGUUGCAUUUGCGAGUGACGUGAACAGCCCGCUCUCGGUGUCAUAUGAGACGACCGGUGCAUCGCCAAAGUCGGUGCUGACGACGGUCGACUCGUACAAUGUCACGUCAACAUUGUACAACUACACGUCGCCGUUUCUGCACACGGCGCGGCUCUGCAACCUUCAGCCGGGCACGACGUACACGUAUGCAAUUGAAGCCGGGACUGCGGGGUGUGGGUUCGUCUUUGACAACUCGUUUGUGACUCCGCCGAGUUCGACCAGUGGCGAUGCGCCCACGGUGUUGGGGAUCGUCGGCGACAUUGAUGUGCCCCACAUCACCGAGACACUUGCAAACCUUGCGGCCACCAAACCCCACGGUAUCUUGAUCGCAGGCGACUACGCGUACGCCAACGGCAAGCACGAGCACUGGGACGCGUGGUACCAAGCCGCGCAGCCCGUCUUUUCGUCGAUCCCGACGCUCGGCAUCAGCGGCAACCACGAGACGAUCAAGGGGGGCGGGCCCACCAAGCCCAACGACGUUAAGUACGUCUCUGAAAACUACCUCGGGUACAUCCACCGCGCCAACAACCCCGUCUCGGCGGCGCAGAACGCCAAGCUUCGCACGUACUACUCGAUUGACAUUGGCCACGUCCACGCUGUCUUUGUUGAUGACUAUACCGGCACCCGCGGCGACGACAAGAGCGCUGUGGGGACGCCGUUUUGGCUCAACGAACGCAACUUGCAGCUCCAAUGGCUCGAAACCGACUUGGCGGCGGUCGACCGCAAGAAGACACCGUGGGUCCUCGUCAUCAAGCACAACCCGUACUACAACUCGUGGGACUCGCACCAAUGCCAGUGCGGUCCAACCCGGUUUGAGAUUCCCGACGCCGACAAGUGCUGGGCGGGCAAGUACGAUGCGACGAGCUCCGGGACGCUUCUCAAGGAGCCGCACUGCGCCAACCAGGCCAAGUUUGAAGAUUUGUACGUGCAUCAUGGCGUCGACAUGGUGAUUGCGGGCCAUGUGCACGCGUACGAGCGCACGGCGCCGAUCGUCCAGAACAAAAUCGACUCGAAAAACGGCGUGGUGUACCUCUCGACGGGCGCCGGUGGCCGCGACUAUGUGUGCAAGCCCCUCCCGUCGUCGUCACCGUGGUCGACCAAGAUGAUUGCCGAGAUUUACGGCGUCAACAAGGCCAUUGCGACGCGCGAUACGCUCAACGUGACAUGGGUGGCCAACGCCAACGGCACGGUCCUUGACGCGUUCAUGCUCCAGCGCAUCAAUGGAGUGCGGACGCUCGUUGAUCUCUCGGCCGGUCUUCCGUCGCCCAUCCCCGAUGCGGGGGCCGAGUGCGCGAGCGACUAGGACGGCGUGAUGACUAAAACAGCGCUCGGGUCAAAGUCAAAGGAUGGUGUUGGGAGGUCCAUAAGUGUAAUUGUUUGUUGAACGAAUCAUGGAUUUUUCUUUUGGA